CGGCUGGCGGCGGCAAUUCCCCGCGCGUCUGUCGCAGCGUCGCGCCGGCUGGUCUUCCUGAGGAGGCCGCCGCCUGUAAGCGCCAUGGCUGUUGCCUUGCCGGCGGUCACGUUGCCGGCUGUGGUGGAGGAACUUCUAAGCGAGAUGGCCGCGGCAGUGCGGGAGAGCGCGCGAAUUCCUGAUGAGCAUCUUUUAUCGCUAAAGUUUGUCUUUGGCUCAUCAGCCGUCCAAGCCUUGGACCUAGUUGAUCGGCAGUCCAUCACCUUAAUCUCAUCGCCCAGUGGGAGGCGUGUUUACCAGGUACUUGGAAGUUCUGGUAAAACAUACACAUGUUUGGCUUCUUGUCAUUAUUGUUCAUGUCCUGCAUUUGCCUUCUCCGUGCUACGGAAGAGUGACAGCCUACUGUGCAAGCAUCUCUUGGCAGUUUAUCUUAGUCAGGUUAUGAGGACCUGUCAGCAACUAAGUGUCUCUGACAAGCAAUUGACUGACAUAUUGUUGACCGAGAAGAAAGAAGCAGCAUAGAAGACACAUUUGCCCUUGCCAAAGCUGCUUGCUGGUUCCAGGGAGCCCCCUCUAUGGAGCCAGCCACGUGGGAAUUGAAGACUGGAGGAAGAGGCCUUUGCUCCCCUCUUGGUAGGCAGUCCUUUAAAGGAAUCAGAGAACUUUCUUUAUUCUGUUGGAGGACACAGCCAGGCCCACAGGAGAAGUGUGGGCUCCAAAGACAGAAGCACUUUUAGCACUGGAGCUCCAGCUCCAUAUUGGUACAACAGUCAGUAUCCACGAGACCCAUGCCUGGACCCAGGCAUGGUGUAGGAGACAGCGAUGCUCUAGAAAGCAGACAGCUGUCCCUGCACUGAGCAGGAUGCUGGAAGGGAUGACCCCUGGGGUCUCUGGCAUCUCAUGAAGGCUCUGGUAACCUCCUGCCAUGUCCUCUCAUCUCCCACUUCCAGCUGUACCUCUGUCCGUUCCCUGAAUACCUGUCUGCCUCCCUGGCCCUACCCCUUGCUUGUGGACUGCACGCCUUCUCUCUGUGGCUCUCAGAACAUCCCCAUGUGUGUGUGUGUGUCCCCAAAGCAUUCCUGAUGAAAGGCAGGGGCCGUGUCCUUUCCUACAUCUGCUCCUAUGCCAGUCACUGCUCUGCUGUGGAGGGCAUCGAGCACAGCAGUAAGGCUAAGGAAGCCAGGCGUCUGCCCCAAGUGUAGGAGAAGUAAAUGAAAGGCAAUGUAGAAAUGAAUAAAGAAAACUUAGGCAGCUUUAUUAUUCAAAACAAGCAGGAACAAUUCCAGCCCACACAAAAGGAGUGUUCUGGGCAAGUCCACACUCUGGGAAGUGGCUAUGCCCCACUGCUGUUCACAGAGUUGGUCUGUGAUCCACCCAUUCCCCAUGUAAGGGGCUCAUUAGCUAAGGAGAUUGAUAGAAUAAGUCACAUGGAGGGAAUCAACAAAAGGGAACAGUGUGAACACUGAGGUUAUGUAAUGAAAGAGGGAAUCACCAAAUGCUGCAUAACAAGUGCUGGCCUAUUUCUGGGGCAAGGUCUCCUCCUCCUCUGGCUCUGCAGCCUUCAGCUCAGUCCAGGCUGCUUUCUCCGCCUUAGAAAUCAGAAUUCCCAGUUCUCAGGGUGCUCUUAGUUUAGCAGAUCCCCAAGGGCAGCUACCCUGGGGAGUGAUAUUGAGCCUGGCCAGUCCAGCCAGGGACUGGAUAGAGUCUGAGCUCUGGCAUCAGAAUAAUGGAGAUAAUAGUGGCUGCAGAACCCCCUUCCAUGCUUCUGCUGGGGUUUUUAACACAGCUAUAAUGUGUACAAAGCACUUUAUAAAUGCAAAUUGCUAAGUA